GCAAAGAUUACAAUACACCUUUAACAAUGGCACCUUUCUACGCUGUCAAGUCGGAUAAUGUCCUCAAGAGGGUUGAAGAACUUCAAUCUGUUGGACAAGAUGAAGCUGCAUUGCAAGCUCUUCAUGAAGUAGUUCUCUCAAAGCGUUCUCGUAGUAACCCCAUCACUGUGAUGGAACCCAUCAUGCUCAAGUACGUUGAACUCUGUGUUGAGCUUAAGAAGGGCAAGAUGGUCAAGGAAGGCCUUCACCAAUACCGUAACAUUGCUCAAAACACCAGCGUCAACUCCAUUGAGACUAUUAUCAACAAAAUGCUCUCACUUGCUGAAGAAAAGGUAGCCGAAGCUCGUGCUAAGGCUGAUAAGAUUGCUGUCGAUGUUGAUGAUUUAGAAGCUUCCGAAACACCUGAAUCCAUCAUGCUCAGCACUGUUUCUGGUGACCAAAACAAGGACAGAACUGACCGUGCUGUUGUCACUCCUUGGCUCAAGUUUUUAUGGGAAGCUUAUCGCACUGUCUUAGAUAUCAUGCGUAACAACUCUCGUUUGGAAACACUCUAUCAAGCCGUCACCCUUAAAGCUUUCCAGUUCUGUUUGACUUAUGAUCGUAAGACUGAAUUCCGUCGUCUUUGUGAAAUUCUUCGUAAUCACUUUAUGAACGUUGCCAAAUACUCUCACCAACCUCAUUCUGUCAACUUGAACGACCCUGAAACCUUGCAACAAUAUUUAGAAUCUCGUUUCGCUCAAUUGAACGCUGCUGCUGAACUCGAGUUGUGGCAAGAAGCCUUUAAGUCUGUCGAAGAUAUCCACACCUUGUUGACCACUUCCAAGAGACCUCCUAAGCCUGUCAUGAUGGCUAACUACUAUGAAAAGCUCACCAAGAUCUUUAUGGUCUCUGACGACUAUCUCUUCCACUCUGCUGCUUGGAACAAAUAUGCCACAAUCGAACGCAACAUCAACAAGAACUUGACUGAAGCCGAACACUCUCGUAUGGCCUCUAUUGUCUUGUUGUCUGCUUUGGCUAUUCCCAUCAUCACCACCACCAAGACUCGCCCUGGAUAUGUUGAAGCUGACGAAUACCGUGUUCAAAAACUCAACCGUCUUUCUAUACUUAUGGGCUUGACUAGCCACCCUACUCGUACUGGCUUGUUGAAAGAAGCUCUUAACAAGAACAUUCUCUCUCGCGUCCGCCCUGAAAUUCGCGACCUUUACAACAUCCUCGAAGUUCAAUUCCACCCCUUGUCUAUCUGCAAGAAGAUCAAUCCUAUCAUGUCCAAAUUGUCUGAAGACAAAGACUUGGCUAGAUACGUUCGUCCUCUUCAUCAAGUCAUCUUGACGCGUCUCUUGCAACAACUUUCUCAGGUUUACACCACUGUCAAGUUGGAUUUCGUUUUGAACCUCGCUUCUUUCCCUGCUCCUUUCAACUAUGAUGCUGCCACCAUUGAAAAGUUCAUCAUGAACGGUUGUAAGCGUGGUGAAUUGAACAUUCGUAUUGACCAUGCUUCUCAGAGCUUGAUCUUUGAGACUGAUCUGUUUGCUCCUCCUAAGGAUACAGUGACUGAAGGUAUUCAGUUGCAAUCUUCUCCUGCUGAUUUGAUGCGUACACAGCUUUCUCGUCUUGGUGUCAGUUUGCAUGCUGUUGUUCAAAUGAUUGAUCCUUCCAUCAAGGAAAACGCCGAGAAGGCUAAACAAGAAGUUGUCCAACGUGCUUUGGCUGGUGCUGAAGAAGAACAUAAGCAAGCUCUUGCUCGUAAGGGUGUCAUUGAACGCCGUAAGGAAGUCAUUGAGACCGAAAUUGCCCGUAAAGAAAAAUUGAUUGCUCAAGAAAAGGCUGCUAUUGCUGCCAAGAAGGCUGAAGCUGAAAAGAAGCGUGUUGAAGAAGAAAUGAAGCGUCGUGAGGAAGAACGUUUGAAGCGUAUUCAAGAAGAAAUUCAACGUGAUCAAGCUAAGCGUAUUGCUGAAGAAAUCAGCAGUAAGACUGGUCUUCAAUUGAAGCCUGAAGAAAUUGAACAAUCUGACGUGAAGACUUUGUUGGACCUUAAGGUCUCUCGUCUUCAAACUGAACAAAAGGAACUCAGUGAACGUCUUAAGCAAAUCAGCAAGCGUAUUGAUCACACUGAACGUGCUUUCAGAAGAGAAGAAAUUCCCCUUUUGGAGAAGGAUUAUGAACAACAACAAAAGACAGAUAAGGCUUUCUAUGAAGCUUCCAAGAAGGCUGAACUUGCUACUUCUAAGGCUAAGCAUGAAGAAAACAUGAAGCUCAAGUCUCGUUUCUCUCGUAUCAUUGGCGAUUACAAGACCUUCAAGAGCAAGCUUGAAGCUGAACGUCAAGCUCAUAACGAUGCUUUGCGCGCUGCUGCUGAAGCCGCUAUUGAAAAAGAAAAGCAAGAAAGAAUUGCUUUGUGGCGUCAAGAGAAAGAAGAACAAGAAAAGAUUCGUGAACAAGAAGAAGCCGAAAGAUUGCGUCGCGAACAAGAAGAACGUGAAAAGGCUGAAGCUGCUGAACGUGAAAAGGCCGAAAGAGAAGCUCGCCUUGCUAAAGAAAAGGAAGAAUUCGCUGAAAAGAAGAAGAAGUUGGAUGAAAUCGCUAGAAAGCAAGCCGAACGUGAAGCUGAAAUUGAACGCAAGUUGGAAGCUAAGAAGGCUGCUGCCACUCGUAAGACUUACACACCUCCUCAAGUUCGUGCUGGUGCUCCUGCUGGUGCUCCUGCUGAAGGUGGCUGGCGUGCCCGUGAAGCUGCUCGUGCUGCUGAAGCUCCUUCUCAAGCUGACAGUGGUUCUUGGAGAACUGCUGGCAGUGCUGAAGGUGGCUGGCGUUCUCGUGAGGCCGCUCGUGAAUCUGCUCGUGAAUCUGCUCGUGAAUCCACUCGUGACAGCGGUGCUUCUGACGGUGGAUGGAAGACUGCUCGUGGUUCCGAAGGUGGAUGGCGCUCUCGUGAAAGUGGCCGUGACAGCAAUGAUCGUCGUGAUAACGAUCGUCGUGAUAAUGAUCGCCGCGACUUUGGUCGUACCCGCGGUAGUGGUAACAGAGGCUUCGGUUCUGGAAAUGUGGAAAGAAAGUGGUAAAUCACUUUUGUCUAAAAAAAGGGAUUAUAGAAACAAAAUUCUAUUUCUAUUUUUUUGUUAUCAAUAUAUAUAAUUCAUUGUCAUCCUUACAUAAUAAAAGGUUUCUUUCAUUCAAUUUGCAUGUAUAAAUAAUUAAGUACUCAUGUUUAAUAAAUUAUAAAAGC